AUGUCAGACACACUACCAAGCUCCAUAAAGUUAGCGGCUCUGUCUUUAGAUUCGGGCAUUCAACCUGCGAGAGCACCCGGGUUGGGCGCCUGGGCUGCGGCCGCGAUGCCCGCAAGCAAGCCGUCGGAGAAACAGACGUCUGACAAGGCCUCGAAGAAGGCACCGCUGCCGCCGCUGAAAGUGAGUGGCUGCUCUGAUGUGACCAUCAGCGGCAUCAUUGCGGGCGAGUAUGUACCAGAUUCCACGAAUCACGGCAAAGUGGUGUACAAGAAGAAGGAAAAGUCACAGGGAAUAGAUGUGCUGAUCUACUUCUGGGAUGAGCGGGACGGCCCCGAACUCUGUGGCUGGUGGUUCGGCCCCAAGGUGGGUGGCGACCAAGUCUGGGCUUACCACCCCAGCUGCACAGCGGGUACGCCCCCGGGCUCACAGUGGAACGUGCCGCACGACGGCCCGAUUGACCAGGCUUUCAAGAUCUCUGCGAUUCGAGCUUCUGCCCGGGAGGGCAGCAGCAAGAGAGCGUCCUCCGAAAAGCCUGCAGCAGAAGUUGCACCAAAGAAGCAGCGCACAGCCGAGGUGCAGAAGAAAGAGAAGGUUGAGAAAGCCACGACGCGCAAAGCCAGCCAGUCCAAGAGCAAGAAGCAGGUCACCGUCGAGUCUUCCAGCGAGGAUGAGGAGGAAGAGGAGGAGGAGGAAGAGAAGGAGGAAAAGGAGGAUAAGGCUUCGGAGAAGGCUUCAGAGAAGGAUGAAGACGAAGACGAAGACGAGGAGGACGAAGAUGAAGAAGAAGAGGAGGAGGAGAAGGAAGAGAAACCCAAGUCCAGAAAGAAGGAGACAACAUCACGUAGCAAGGCAAAGAAGGUAGAGGAGGAGGACGAAGAUGAGAAAGAAGAGAAGGACGAUGACGAUGACGAGGAAGAAGAGGAAGACGAGGAGGACGAAGAGGAGGAAGACGACAAGCCGAAGUCAAAGAAGGACAGCAAGCGGAGCUCGCGAUCAGAAGCCAAAGAGAGUGACAAGAAGCCGGCCGAGUCCGCAGGCAACUACUUCGUCACGGCCUACAACAAGCGCCGAGAGGAACGUGCCAAGGCUGAGGAGGAGAAGAAGAAGAAGGCCCCAGAGAAGGAGUCUAGAAUCGCCAACGGCACGGCCACGGCAAAGGAGAAGUCCGCCAAGGACGAUGAGGCCGACGAGGACGAGGUGCGCAUGCUGGAGGAGCUGCGAAAGCGUGCGGAAGAGCGGAAGAAGAAGAUGGAGGACCUCAAGAAGAAGGAGGAGGAGCUCAAGAAGAAGGCAGCUCCCAAAGAGGACAGCAAGCCAGAAGCCAAGGUGAAGGAGUCCAAGGAGAAGCGGAAGAAGUCCGAGGCUCCGGCCGAGAGCCCCGAGGCGGAGCGCUCCCGCUCCCGCCCAAGGAAGGGCCGCGAGGACCGAGACCGUGAGGAUCGGGGGCGUGAUCGCCGCGGAGAGGGCCGCAAGCGCAAUCGCUCCGAGGACCGGAGAAAGGAGAGCGAGCCCCGAAGGGGCCGAGAGGACCGCGAUGACCGAGGUCGCGAUCGGCGCGGAGAUCGGAGGGGUCGGGACCGGUCGGAGGACCGUCGCCGGGACGACCGCGGCCGCGAUCGCCGUGGCGAUCGUCGGGGUCGGGAUCGUUCCGAGGACAGGCGACGUGACGACCGGGGCCGCGACAGGCGAGGGGACCACCGCGGCCGAGAUCGAUCGGAGGAUGCCAAGGACCGGCGAAAGGCAGACAGCCCGGACAAGCGGAAGGGCCGAGAGGAGAAGGACGAUAGUGAGCCACGUGGACGUCAGCGCGAGCCGUCCGAGGACGAGGAAGAUGAGCGACAAGAGAAGAAACGUCGCCAGGAAGAGGAGGAGAAGAGCAAGGCGGAAGCUGACAGGAAAGCCGCCGAGAGAGAAAAGGAGGCAAAAGAGGCCGAAGCCGCCGAGGAAAAGCGCAAGAUGGAGGAGGAUCAGAAGAGAGAUGAUGCCAGGCGUCGGACGGCAGACCGUUCCGAUGAGCCAAAGCGCUCACUCUCCGAGGAGAAGAGGCGGAAGGAGCAAGAGAUGAGGCUUCGGGAGGAGGAGCUUCAAAAACGGCGCGAGAAGAAGCGAGCGCAGGAGCAGGAGGAGAAGAGCAAGUAUGAUGCAGACAGGAAAGAUCGGCACAAGGACCACGACAAGGAGGAUAAGGAGGAUCCCAAGCAGAAGGAAGAAGACACCAAAAAGCGGCUGGAGCAAGAAGCCAAAGUUCUCCGUGAACAGCAGGCCAUGCUCAAUGUCCUGAGGGUGCUGCAGAAGCUGUCAAAUUCGACACCUGACACCUUCGAGACCCUGAAGAAAGAACUGGAGGAGGUUCUGCGAACGGACCUUCCGGAGACGGGCGAGCAACAGACGGUUCUCAAGGCGGAAGCUGACCGCGUUUUGGAGUAUGCGAAGCUUUAUGUUGCUGAGGUUUCAGGCAAGAAGCCUGGCUCCUGA